CGACAACUGGACUGGCAUAAAAGCAGUAGUGGCAGCAGUUGGUAGAAUUGACUUGGCUGAGGAAGAGGGUUCACAUCUUGCUCCUAAUAAAACAGGGGGAAUCAAUACGAGUUGGAGAGUGAGUUUACAGUCGGUGUUAUCAUGGCGUUGUUACCCGCACCCGGGAUCUGCCAGCAGUGAAACAAGAUCCGGAGAGAGAGAAAAGUCACAAAACACGGGAUAGAUUUGCAAGAAUAGACAGAACACAUCAACACGGCUCCUUAUUACAUUACUUAUACCGGGAUCUCUUUAAAGUGCCAUCACUGUGUCGAAGAGGGUGGAAGCAGUGGACAAACGCAUCUUCAUUCUAUUUUGAUGCUACAAUAAUCUUUAGUGCGAAUGACUAAAGGAAACAGCAGCUACAUUAUAAAAUAAUAGUUGAUGAGUGAAUAUUGCGAAUUAUUCGUAUUCUGCUCUUCGGACCUCUGGAACGGAAUAAAGCUACGGAGAUUGAAUUUCUGAAUAACCAUAUCAUCAUCUUCCGCAGUUAUCAGUGUUUCUGAAGAAUAUUUGACCACAGUGAUUUAACCGUACGAGAAUUUAAAAGUGCAAAGUUAACUGGAUUUUGUUAAUUAAAAAUUGUGUGACAAUAAAAUGACAUAAAAUGAUACUGACGACGACGACUUAACGUCAUCGGCAUAUCAUUAUCCUGGUGCAAGACACGCUACCACAUAACACACCAGCAAACGCGAGACAUUUUCUGCAGAGUAAUAGUUCAGUUGUUCUGAAAAGGAGCUUAAGUUAAUUGUUUGAAGAGAAUAAAGAUUUAUAAAUCUUGAGCACAGUUUUUUAGUUUUCAAAGUGUUACCCUAUAAGAAGAUAGAGAUAUAAUUCAAAAUGGCACACACAAGAAGACUAUUGUUAAUUUUUCUGGUCAGCUUAUGUCUGGCCCGAUCAGGAUUUGUGAUUGCAGGGGAUAUUGAUGGGCUGUCAUCCAAAAUAGACCAAGAUUUGUUUUUGGAGGAUGAAGGUUCGGGAGUGGGGUCGAGAGGGAUGGACGACCUGGAAAUAUCCGGUUCGGGGAAUGGUGACGAUGAUGAGGAUACGACCGUAAAGUUACCUCCCCCGCCAAAAACCACACCCAAGAGCGCCGUCGGCCCCAUCGACAUCACAGAAACGGGGAAAGCAGAUGUGGGAGGAGACGACAUCAACUUUCCGACAGGCGAGGGAACAAACAUUUUCAAUCACAAGGAGGACACUCCUGCCUCCUUCUUCUCUCAGCCUGGUAUUCUGGCAGCCAUCAUAUGUGGGGCCAUUGUGGGUCUUUUGUGUGCGAUCCUGCUCGUCAUGUUCGUCGUGUACAGAAUGCGGAAAAAGGAUGAAGGCCAGACAUUUUAGCUUAAUACCUUCGCAGACCAAUAUGACGAUGACUGGCUCGUACGUGCUAGACGACUCGAAACGGACCACCCCCUCGUACGGGAAGUCCAAGGAGUUCUUCGCAUAGCAACUACCUACUCCUCUUAAUCUUACAAACACUACCAACCUGUCUCUGGAACUGAUGUAAAUUAUUGUCAAUUGUCAUCCUUCUUCUCCUGCGCCAUUCGACAGGUCAUCUUCUUUUAUUCAACUGAUUCAGAAGAGAUAUUUAUUACCGUUUACUCAUCGUCGUCGUCAUCAUCAUCAUCGUAUUAAAUAUAUACUUACGGAUCAUCGCUAGUUAACUAGUUCGUCACUGAUGUUAAGUUUACACUAAUUUUCAUUCGAUACCAACCGUUUAGUUCUAAUUACAAGCCAGUCUCAGUCCAGAAUGACCUACAUACACAAAUCAACAAGCGAAUGCCAUGAUUAUAUACAUACAUAUUUACAUAUAUUAUACCGUUAUUACUAAUUGGAAGGUUAUCUACGAUAAAUAGAUGAAACGUUACGAUAUUUUGUUAAGCAUUUAUUAUUUUAUAAAUUUGAUUAUAAAUUGAGCAAUGGCAGCAGAUAUUCAUUGAGUUUGAACUUGUUAAUUUUGUAUCGACGAAGAGUCCAGAAAUCAAUCCAAUGUUGUAAGAUCAAGAGGCGAGAUAUACGGAAUUUCAUCUCUGUUAAAGUACCUUAGUUUUGAUGGAGAAAGUUGUAUCUAACUUAUCACUAGAUUCCUUAGAGUACCAUCUGCGGUUUGUAUUUACCAAACUCAAUCUAUAUAAAUCCCGAAAAUUGUGAACAUCCAUUGUAGAAGAAUUUUCCACCAUGAAAUAACCUAAGCUUCCAGGAACAGCAGCAGCUAAAAAUACGCCCUACUCUUGAUAUUCAUUAUACCUUCACCUUGACAGUAUAUGUAAACUCUAAUCAUGACCCACAUACCUAGUUUUGUACAAUAAAUUAAAUCAAUUUGACUACUGUCCAUCCUCUCGUCGUCGUGCAUGUUUUUGUUCAGAAUUCAAUAAUAUGGCAUAGCUGCUUUUACCCUAAAAUUACCCACUUCCCACUAAAUUAUAUCUUUAAAACUAUUGAUCGUCAGUUCAACAUAUGGUGUUGAUCACAUAUGAGCGAUAAUGUUAUCCACCAUAGUUAAGAAAAUGUUCAAAGUCAGUCCUAAAUCUACAUUUUAUACGUCUUGAACAAGCCACUUCGCUAGCAAUCAGUGUUACAUAUGAUACGAUUGUUUGGAAUAUGCCAUUAUAUCCGUACAUGUACCUAUAAAUUAACAAAUGACUCCAGCUUUUGUUCCGUUCUACUUAAUUAGACGUAUUUAUAAGAAACCCAUCAUGCAUGGUUUUUUAAUACCAACUUAGCAAUAGUCUUGUUCGGGUAUUACACAUUUGAUGAGAUACAUAAGGCACCCGGAACUGGAUAAUGUGUGUGAACGAAUAAGAUGAUUCAUGGCAAUUAAUUAACCAACUUUUGCUAAUAAGACGGACGCUUAAGGGGCGAAGGUGGUGGGAUGAACAUGGAUGAAAUAUUAAAAAGUGUAAUAAGAAAAUAAUUCCACUGACCACGAUUACUGCUACUUAUUGUUAUUGCUGCUAUUCAACAUUCAAUUGUUGCAUUUAAAUUGACACAAUUUUGAUUUCAGACUGGAAUAUUAUUAUUAUUAACCUUUGACAAACCCACUAAAUAUUUGACAUUACAUACAUGUAGCGAGUUGUGUGUAUGUUGCUGGGUCAGAAGCAGGAUGCAGAAACAAUUAAACGUGUAGUUUUGAUCCUCGUGGAAAUUAUUAAGUGCAGCUAUUAACGCUUGCCCUUGAAAGUCAUCACUGCAAUUAUUGCUGUAUUGGAGUGAAUUUGAGUGAACGGAUGAGAUUCGAAUUGCGUGUAAUGUCGUGUGUCUGUGUUUGGGUAAAUAAGUUCAUCAUCAAAAAUAUGAUGAAUGCGUCGUUGUCGCCGUGAUCGUUGAUCGUGUUUAGUUUUGAUAUAUAAAAACUUCUUGUACCCGUCGUACGUACUACAUAAAUAAAUACAUACAUAUGUGAAGCAAUGUUGUAAUGCUAUUUACAUGAAAUGUAAUGAUGCGAAUGCAUACAUAGUAUAAUAAGAUAUAAAAUGGAUGUUAGGUGUAUGAAAUAUGGUUACAAAUAGAACAUAAUAAUCAAUAAUCGCAAAGCUAAAGUAAUUCAGAUUGAAUAGUAGUUCAAAUUUGAUUCCGAUACAAAGUAAAAUUAAUAAAAUAAGGAUUGAUAAAAAAUA